GAACGAUAAAGAGGUCUCGCUCUAUUUGGGAAACCUAGAUCCCAAAGUCGACGAGACACUCCUGUACGAGCUUUUUGUUCAAUUUGCGCCUGUCAAGAGCAUCCGUUUGCCGAAAGAUAAGGUGUUACGCAGACACCAGGGCUACGGAUUUGUUGAAUUCUUCAAUGUCAAGGACUGUGAAUACGUGCUCAAUAUAUGCUCAGGGCUCAGUCUCUACGGUAAGGUGCUUCGUGUGAAGAAGCUGAUCGGGGGUCAGACAGAGGCUCCCGAGUUAGACGAAGAUAUAGGGCCGGUGGUCUACGUUGGUAACUUGGACAAGCUAGUGGAUUCUGGAAGUAUCAGUGCUACUUUUGCUAAUUUCGGAACGUUCCGUAAGCCACCGCAGGUCGUUGCUGGAGAAAAGAGCAACCAUGCAUUCAUAUAUUACACAGACUUCGAGUCCAGCGACGAGGCUAUCAAGGAGAUGAAUGGCAAGAUAAUCAUGAACAGGCCCAUCAAGAUGGACUACGCCUACAAGAAGGACUCCAAGGAGAAGCAUGGAGACCGUACAGAGCGUCUUUUAUAUGAAAAGGCCAGGGAGAAUAAUUUCGAGCUUGAACAGUUGAAAAAACGGUGAUCACUCGAAAAAAGGUUUAAUUUUUUUCAAAUGAGUGAAAUAGAUCCAAAGCUUCUCCAACAGUUAGACGAGCCUUCUAGGCAAGAGGUCGCCGCAUUCAUCCAGCAGGAGUCCUCCAAAAUGAAGAUCCAGAGCUCGGUGACCAGUUUCACCGACAAAUGCUUCAAAAAAUGCGUUUCUACGAUCGACAACGGGAACUUGAGCAACUACGAGGCCAACUGCAUGAACGACUGUCUGAACCGUUUUCUGGACACCAAUAUCAAGAUUGUUGAGAUAAUAUACGACAAGCGGAAGGCGGCAGCUCUGGAGUUGGAACGCGUAGUGCGCGACUCACUAAGCACGGGCGAUACAGAGAAGAUUGUUACCAUCAUUAAACAACUGAGAAACGAGUAUGCGUACGCCGUGCAUCAGCCGAAUGCGAGAUACGGAGGUCUGAUUGGCCUGGCAGCUGUCGCCAUUGCUUUGGGUCAGAAUGAGGUCCCAAAAUACUUGGAAAGCAUCAUGCAUCCUGUCCUUGCCUGCUUUGGAGAUCAGGACUCCAUGGUACGCUACUUUGCGUGCGAGGCACUUUACAACAUUGCCAAGGUGGCCAAGGGGGAAAUCCUGGUGUACUUCAAUGAAAUAUUCGACGUGUUGUGCAAAUUGGUGGCAGACGUGGAGAUGAGCGUGAAGAACGCAGCAGAUAUAUUGGACAGACUCAUCAAGGAUAUCACCAGUGAAAAGGCCGCUACGUAUGUGUCCGUACUUGCGAAACCUGUGGAGCCGCCUUCCGCUAAGGUGGUAGAUCAAAAAGGGAAAACACUGCAGGUUUACGAACCACAGCUGCCAAAGGCAUUCUCGCUGGAGAAAUUCAUCCCGUUGUUGAAAGAGCGCAUGUAUGCAACAAACCCCUAUACGAGGAUGUUUCUUGUUUCGUGGCUCCGACUUUUGGACUCGAUUCCGGGCCUGAACCUGAUUUCUUACCUGCCUUCGUUCCUUGAUGCUCUUUUGUCUUACCUCAGUGCCACGUUGGAAGACGUUCGCGUGGUGACGGAAAACUUCCUCAAACUACUGCUCCAUGAGAUCCAAAAAGUGUCGGAGAUCAAGAAAUUGGUUUCUCAGGAAAAGGCAGACGACAGCAAGGAAAAGGACCUGUAUAUUCCUGGCCAGGAUAUCGUCAUUGAUUAUCCAAAGAUCAUCGAUCUACUCAUCACCUCGCUCGACUCCACGGAGGAACUGAUUCAGCUAGUUGCUCUGCAGUGGCUUGUGGCUCUGUUGGACAUUUCUCCAGAGUCGUUCAUUGUGUUCAUGGCCAAAUUGCUCGCUGUGCUGCUCUCCACCAUCUCACAUUCGAACAAGCAGCUCCGAGAUAUUUCCGUUCUUCUCAACUCGAAGCUGAUGGAGCUGGCAGCCAAUAACCAUUACGACAUAAAUUACACGCUCAUUGUGAAUCAAUUGACACUGCAGUUUCUGAAUGACAAGGAGAGCACGCGACUUGCCUCUCUUGACUGGCUGAUCAUGCUGCACGAAAAGGACCCAAUCAAGUUCCUUGAGCAUUCGGACAACACCUUUGUCACGCUGCUGAAAGCCAUGAACGACCAAUCGGACAAGGUGAUCAAUAAGGAUCUCGAACUGCUGUCCAAGAUCUCCAACCAGACCGACGACAGAUAUUUCCAGUCGUUCAUGGUGGAUUUGCUAAAUCUCUUCAAAAGAGACCGUAAACUGCUGGAAACCCGCGCAGACUUUAUCAUCAGGACAGUGUGUAAGUCCCUCGAUGCUGAGCGGAUCUACAAAUCGCUAUCCAAGGUUUUGAGCGAGGAGGAGUCAAACCUCGGCUUUCUAUCCAUUAUGAUCCAGAUUCUCAACAACAACCUCAUCAUAGCUCCCGAACUGACGGCUCUGCGCCAAAAGCUGAUUCGCGGAGACGAUUUCGAUCUGUUCAAAACACUGUUUAAGUGCUGGUCCUUGAAUUCUGCCUCUGUGCUGUGUCUGACGCUUUUGACCUCCAACUACAAACUUAGCUACAAGAUCGUGCUUGAUUUGGCCAACUACGAGGUCUCGCUAAACCUGCUGAUCCAGCUUGAUCUGCUGAUUCAGCUUCUCGAAUCGCCAGUGUUUGCACGGCUGCGUCUGGACCUACUCAACCCGCAGAAGAAUAAAUAUUUGUUCAAGUGUCUGUAUGGACUGCUGAUGCUGCUACCUCAGUCGAACUCAUUCCGCACCUUGCAAAAUAGACUCAAUUCUAUCACUCCAAUUGUCCAUCUCCAAUUCGAGGACGACCACGACGAGAAGCCGUCACGAGACGACGCAGAGUUGCUGGGCUAUUUUGACGGAUCUCAACAAAGACUCAACAACCUGAAGUCGAGCCAGUCCUUGGAUAUCAACUCGAAUUUCAGCAACCAGCUCAUAAUCAAAGACUCAGGAACGGAGCUUUCGAAUUUGGUCAACGAAGAGGCCACCACCGUGCAUGCGCCAAAGAAAUUGGACUACAUUACCAAAUUUUCCGGAAGACUGAAGAAUAACAAAUAGAUGUAUAUACCUCAAUUCAAAGGGUCCCUGAAAUGCGCUAAGUUGUUUCCUUUGCGCAGCUGUCGCAAACUAAGCUUUUCCCGCUGCGCCUCAACCACUGGACGAUGGUAGCCAGGAGCAUGGAACUCCCGAUCUUUAACCACCAAAGACAUGGUUCGUUCUCCGUCGCCAACUUCUCGGUCACGCCGAGGAAAGUUUUGUCUGUAGUAGCGGGCAAACGAACGGCUCCCCAAUAUGCGUCCAUCGGGCAAUUCUAUUCCAUUUGGCAGGACUUUCACUGUCGUGUACUCACUUUCAUCAAAGUCGUAAAAUCUCGCUAUCACUUGUCUCUCUGCGCGCGUUUCGUAAGGGAUGACACAAUGGCCCUUGCUCUGGAGAUGCUGUCGUAUGCUGACCAGGUUUUUUCCCACAAAUCCGCACUUCAAACACUCUUUAUCGAUUAUUGCUUUAUCUCCAAGAUAUUGCAGAAGACCACUUAGAUCAACAAGAUGAUCCUGUUCAGGAAUAAAUAAACCAUGAGCAGUGGACAUGUGAGCCACGUUAGCCUCUUCAUCAAUGCUCUGGACGCUACAGUAGAAACAAUUGGUCAAAAUAACAGGCUCUUCCUCUUGCUCCUCUUCCGUGUAGUCGUCCUCAGAAGCGCUAGUCUCCGAGUCUGAAGCCGUGCUCGUAUAGUCAUAAUCGCUCACUGUCGGCUCGGAGAUGAGAUCAUCGAUCGUGCAUUCGGACUGUGCCUCGCUGUGGAUCGAUCCGAGAGAGAACUCACUUGCUCUCGAGACCACUGAUGCGGCCGGCGAUUGCGCGCGUCGAUCGACGCUGCUAUUUGCCAGUAUGUCUUUUCGAGUCCGUCUCUUCAGGUCCUUUUUCGUGGGCUGGCGACGCCCAGUGCGGUGUUUUCGAUGAACAUGGAAUCCAAAUUCGUCCUGGUCGCUGUUGAUCGCCUCCUGGCGCUGCUGGAGAGCUACCUUAGACUGGAAGACAACAGAAUCGAUCGGACCGAGUCCAGCCACGCGUCUCAAGAGGUUAUAUCUGUGCCAUUCGGUCUUCAUAUGGAUUCUCUGGACGUCUGCCGUGGGCAGGCGAAUCUGGCACGAGUUGC